CAUAAUGGCUGAUUAACAUAAUAGACAACAGCAAUGGCAAUAUUUAUAAUUUUCAUCUUCAUUUCUAGAGUGUCUCAGCACCACGUGCAUCUGAAGAUGGACGACAUUCAUGUGGAUGUUGCAAUUAUUGGCGUUGGUAUCAGUGGACUAAGUGCUGCUUGUUUACUCAAGAAGAGUGGACUGAGUGUUGCUGUCCUCGAAGCCCAGGAUCGUGUCGGAGGACGGACCUACACAGUCAGGGAUCCAACGCAUGGCUGGGUAGAUGUUGGCGGCGCCUACAUUGGACCCACCCAGAACAGAGUGUACAGGCUCAUCAAGGAACUUGGACUAGAAUGGACAAAUGAUGUCAAAAGGGUGUCUCUCAUCACUGAUGGAGCACAGGAGAAAAAGAUUGUUGGUGGAACCCAGCAGUUGUCUGAGGGGAUGAGUGACCAGCUCGGUGCUGAUGUUGAUCUCAGCUCCCCAGUCACCAGCGUCACACAGGAUGAUGCAGGAGCAGUUGUCCACACCGUGGAUUGGAAAGUCGUCAAGAGUACAUAUUUGAUCAGCGCCAUUCCACUCCCACUGCUAUCCAGGGUGUCUUUCUCCCCUCCGCUUCCCGGCCUCAAGGCCCAGUUGAUACAGCGAGUCUCUAUGGGCUCCAUCAUCAAGACAAACAUGUUCUACAGCACCCCGUUCUGGAGAGAGCUAGAUCUGAGUGGAAUAGCUAUGAGUGACACUGGGCCAUCUGUAACAUGUUUUGAUGACACAAAGCCAGACGGCUCCCAUCCUGCGAUCAUGGCCUUCAUCCUGGCUGACCAGUGUUGCAGCCUCUGUCAACUUACAAAGGAAGAGAGAAAACAGAAGCUGUGUCAGCAAUUUGCAGCUAUAUUCAAAUGCAAGAAGUUUUUAGAGCCUGUGGGGUAUGUGGAGAAGAACUGGAUGGAGGAUGUAUAUUCUGGGGGAUGCUAUACGGUCGCACUUCCACCUGGAGUACUGACACAGUAUGGAAGGGAGAUCAGGAAGCCACACCACCGUCUGUAUUUUGCUGGGACAGAAACAUCCACAGAAUGGAUGGGAUUCAUGGAAGGAGCGAUCCAGGCUGGGGAACGGGCAGCCAGAGAGGUGUUAUUUGCUGAGAGAAAGAUUAAAGAAUCAGAGAUUAUGCAAGAUGAACCAGAAUCUGAGGACUUCCCUGCCAGGCCCCUCCCGACUUCAUGGGUACAGCAGAGCAUGCCGUCUGUGACUGCCGUGGUUGCCGGUGUAGUGCUGGCUGCCUGUGUUGCAGUUGUGGCAGUCAUCCUCAAGAUGCUGGGAUAG